AUGAGCGCUGCAGGCCACGCGCCCAGCCUGCAGCAGCAGCAGCAGCCUCAUGGGCAGCAGUUCAGCGAGCAGCAAAAGAGGCUGCUACGAGAGUUGCUGCAGCACCACGUCAUAGUAGGGCCCCGAACUACCAGCAGAGCCUGUGCACAGAAAGACGGGCAGCAGCAGCAGCAGCAGCAGCAGCAACAGGAAUGGAUUGUAUCGUACAGGGCCCUGGUCGUCCCCAGCAGUCUUGUGCGUGAAGAUACCUGCAGCAGCAGCCACACGCUGCUGCUGCAGGUUGCUGCUGCAGCAGCGAACGAAGAAGAAGAUGGGCGGCAGGAACAGCAGCAGCAGCAACAGCAGCAGCAGCAGCAGCAGUGGCGCCUGUUUCCUUUGAACUAUGGCGUGCAGGCUUCCCCACUACCGCAGUGGGGCUGCUGCAGCUGCUUCCAGCGGGCCCUUCUGGGGUCUUCUCCCGUUGCUGCUGCUGCUGCUGCAUCUGCUGCUGCUGCUGUCGAGACAGUAGCGACGCAGCCCGACACCCCAGAUGACGCGUUUGGCCCAGCAAAGCUGGGGGCAGCAGCAGGAGCAGGAGCAGCAGCAGCAGCAGCAGCAGCAGCAGCAGAUGGGGCUGACUUGAGCAGCCAAGCCUGUCUGCCGCUGAAGCUGCUGCCGCUGCCGCCCCUCCAGCACGGGGGCCUGCAGCCUACGUGUGCGAAGCAGCAGCAGCUGCAGCAGCAGCAGCUGCAGCAGCAGCAGCUGCAGCAGCUGUACCUGCACUGGGGUUUCACUGCAGCAGACGGCCGCAGCUGGAGAGAGCCUCCUUCUUCUUGUGCUUCUCCCCAUUGCAUAAGGGCCCCAGCCAAGGCUGCGCUGCAGUCGCCCAUGCAUGUUUGCUGCUGCUGCUGCUGCUUCUGCUGCGCUGCUGUCUUAGGCAGAGGUGUCGGCGGCAGCAGCAGCAACAACAGCAGCAGGGGCAGCGCGAGCGCAGAGCAAACAAGCAAGAGUGUUUGCAGCUGCUCGACCUGCAGCAACAGCAACAGCACCAGCGGCGCCUCGCUUGAAAGUGCUGCUGCUGCUACAGAGGCGAACCUCAGCAGCAGCAGCAGCAGCAGCAGCAGCGGCAGCAAAGGCUGCACAGGCAGCGAGAACAUGCGAGACACUCCUAUCUACUGUGCCUUUGUGCGGCUAGGGUGUCCUGUCGGGGUGUCUGUGGAUCCCUUGGGGCAGGAGCAGCAGCAGCAGCAGCAGCAGCAGCAGCAGCAAGAGCAGCAGGGCGACGUGCAGGGCACCGUCGAGUUUGUGCUGCACAGCUCAGCUAGCGGCUGGCUGAAGGCAGCAACAAAUGUGAAUUUCUCGCUGGACUGUGUUGCUGCAGCAGCAGCAGCAGAAGCAGCGGCCUUCCAGCAAGCCGCGCUGCUGCUGCUACGUCUGCAGCAGCAGCAGCUGCAGCUGCAGCUGCAGCAGCAGCCCGCGCUAGCAGCGCCUUUGCUGCUGCGGUUGCGGUGCCUGGAUUUCUUUGAUGCAGCAGCAGAAACAGCAGCAGCAAAAAGACAGUGCUUGAUCACAACAUGGCUAGUGGGGCGUUGGCUGGCCGUGGAUCUUAUUGUCGACAAACCAUCAGCAGCAGCAGCAGCAGCAGCAGAAGGUCCGCCUGCUGCGUAUUCGGUGCAGCUUGAAAUGGGCGGGCUGCUGAGGGAGUGCCCCACAAAGCCUCUCUUAGGGGGGCGGCCCCCGGUGCACUGUGUGGUGCCAGCAGCAGCAGUACCAGAGGCAGCAGCAGCGGCAGCAGCAGACACAGCAGCAAAUGCUGCCGCGGGCUCUGCUGCAGGGCUUGCUGCCGGCCUUGCAGCAGCGCUGCAGCAGGCAGCAACAGAACAGACAGCAGAACUGGCUGCGCUGCCGUGCAUAGGCUCAGGCUGCUCAAGUCUGCUGCGGCUGCGACUGCUGCUGCCGCUGCAGCAGCAGCAGCAGCAGCAGCUCUCCAUUAGACUUCUCUGCAGCUUAGGAGCACCUCUUUCCUUCUUUGUUCAGCGCGUUGUGCCGCCACUUAGUGCUGCAGAAAUGCAGGAACAGCAGCAGCUAGCCCAGGAGCAGCAGCAGCAGCAGCAGCAGCAGCAGCCAGUAGACGUGCAGGCAGAGACACGCAUAGUAUUGUUCGAGCUGCAGCAGCCGCCGCAGGAGCAGCAGCAGCAGCAGCGUGGGACUAGGCGCGGUUCAGGCCUCGCUGAUAAGGGCGUUAACGUCUGCAGGGGCGUUGGUGCUGCAGCAGCAGCAGAAACAGCAGCAAUGAUGGCAGAUGCUGCUGCUGCAACUUCUGGCCUGGAAUGCGCAGCAGCAGCAAUGGACAGGGAGGUUGAGAUCCCAGAGGAGCGCCCCACGGACACGGUAGUGACAGCAGCACUGGCAGCAGCAGCAGCAGCAGCAGCAGACACGGCCGCCGCAGCAGCACGCGCUGUUGCGGGAACAGCAGCAAACCGCGCAGCAAUCGCCGACAACGCAGCAGAAACGGCAGCUGCUGCAGCAGACGCCGCAGCGGCCACAGCGGCGGCGGCAGCAGCAGCAGCAGCCGCAGCAGCGGCGGCAGCAGAGAACGCCGCCGCCGCCGCAGCGAAGGCGGCGGCUGAGGCCGAGGAAGCAGCAGCAGCAGCAGCAGCAACAGAAGCAGCAGCAGACGCAGCAGCAAAAGAACUCUUCUGCACUUCUGAGUGGCGGCUGCUGCUGCCUUCCCUUUUGGCCCCUCUGGGCUCUUCUGGCCUUUCAGGUGUCAAAAAAACUUCCUAUGGGGGGCAGCGCCUCGUCUCCUGCAGGUGUGCCAAUUCACAACACCCAGCAGCAGCAGCAACAGCAGCAGCAGCAGCUGCUGCUGCUGCUGUUUCAGUUGUCCGGGCUGAGGCGCAGCUGCGCUUCGCGUGUGGGGCCCUGCUCAGCUUGCAGUCCGAGCUGCUGCCGUGUGUCUUUGCUGCUGUGUUUGCUGUCUUGUCGUUUUGCUGCUUCUCCAACAUUUGUGGCCUUGCUGCGCUGCUGCUGCCUGCUGCUGCUGCUGCUGCUGCUGCCUGCUGCAGACGGUACGCUUCCUCGGGGCAGCAGGGCGGGGAGGUGGAAGUGGCUCUCGUAGAAGACACAGCAGGAGUUUUGCUGCUGCGGCUUGUGGCGCUGCUGAAUGAAGAUUACCAAAGCCAAGGGGGGCCCCCCGGGGGGCCCCCCUGCUACUGCCACUGGGGCCUCAUACUGGACGAGCGGCCCCCGUCAGAGCUUGCUGCUGCUGCUGUCAAUCAGUGCAGCUCCACAGCAACUGCUGCUCUUGCGGCGCUUGCUGCUUCCAGUCGGCACGCUGCUGCUGCGUCGCCUGCAGCAGCAGCAGCUGCUGCUGCUGCGGAAACCAGCGAAGGGGUGCCGGGGCUUGCUGCAGCGAUCGCUGCGCUCAGCCAGCCGACGACUGGAACAACAGCUGCAGAGCAGCAGCAGCAGCAGCGGCAGCACCAGCAGGGCCGCCACGCGAGCAGCAGCAGCAGCGGCAACACGGGGCAGAGAUGGAAGCAGCCCCCAAAGAGCUUCUGGCCCGAAGGCUCUGUCUCUGCAGACACCCAAAGCGUAGACACCCCAAUGGUGAGGGUUUGUGUCAGCAGCAACGGGGUUUCGCUGCGCAGUGGGGACGACAGUAGCAGCAGCAACAGCAGCAGUAGCACAAAGGUUUGCUGCAGCACCUGCCGAAGCAUCACCCUGCACGUCGUCGACUUGAAGAUACCCCGAAAGGUUGACGGGAAAUCGACUGUGGGCGUCAGCUUCGUGCUGCGCUCGGGGCCCCCUCCCUACAGGUGGCACCACUGCGCCCAGGCCACUCACGGGGGCAAUUUUUGUAUAGAUGUGUCGAAGCCGCUGCUGUCGCCGAGUUUGGAGCAGCAGCUGCUGUUUGCAACUGACAAGCUGCUCGUGCUGCUCUCCGCCACCGACCCUGCUGCUGCUGCUGCUGCAGCCAGCAGCUCCGAACAAGCUGCCGCCCUGCACUCCAAGAGGCGCAGGUCCCCCUCCAGGCACCGCACCCCGCCGGUCCAGCCCAGCCGCCAGCAGCAGCAGGCCCACCACGAGCAGCAGCAGCAGGAGCAGCAGCAGCAGGAACAGCAGCAGCAGGAACCGCAGGUGCCGUCUGAGCAACAGCAAGCUCCCUCGCAGCACCAGCACCACCAUCACCAUCACCACCAUUCGCAGCGUCCGCAGCUGCAGCAGCAGCAGUCGGACCUGCAGCCCGAGCACUCGGAAGGGCCCCCGGGGCCCCAGCAGCAGCAGCAGCAGCAGCAGACCCAGCAGCAACAGCAGCAGGAGCAGCAGGGGCAGCAGGAGCCAGAGAGUGACAUUAGCCGGUACACGAGCCUGGAUGUUUCAGCGUACAGGCCACUGCAGGAGCAAAAGCAGCAGCAGCAGCAGCAAAAUGGGCCGCAGCCGGAGCAGCCGGAGCAGCUGCGGCGGCAGCCGCUGCACAGGCGCCGCAGCAGCUUGACGCCCCGCGACGUCCGGCGCAGCUUGGCUGAAACAGUGCAGCAGCAAAUGCAGCAGCAAAGCAAGCUGUUGCAUGCGCUGUUUGAGUCUUCACGUUUUCUCGCAGACCCGCUGCCUCCCUUCCGAGGCUCCCCCUGGGGGCUGCUGCGGGAGGCCCCCGGGGACCCAGCAGCAGCAGCAGCAGGGGCCCCCGGGGGCCCCCAGGCUUUGGUAGAAUGCCUUUUGCGGCUGCUAGAGGGCGACGCCUAUGACAGAAAAGCUGUUAGCUUCUGGUCUUGGGUUUUUGUGUUUGUGGUGGCGGAGUUGUGGGGCUGGCAGAACGAGCAGCAGCUUGGCUUUGUGGAGCUGCUACUAGCUCGGCAGCAGACUCAGCAGCAGCAGCAGGAGCCCGAGCAGCAGCAGCAGCAGCUGAAGCAAAACACCCUGCAAGAACCGGACAAGGGACUGCCCAGAAUCUUGAGCCUCCGCUGCUGCUGCCCACCCAUGAUUAGGCGCCGCUGCCACAGUGAUGCCUGGGGCAGUGGCUGCUGCUGCUGCAGCAGCAGCGGCAGUGCUGCUGCUGGCGCUGCAGUUGAUAGCAACCGGUGCUGCUGCUGCUCCCCAUCGUCGCGGGACGCAGCAGGCCGCAUGCUGCAGCCGCAGCAGAACCGGUCCACCACGUGUGUGCACGCGACAGCAGCAACAGCAGCGGUGGCAGCAGCUAGUGCAGCAGCAGGAGCCGCAGCAGCGGGUGCAGAAGAAGCUCUGGAAGCAAUUGAAGCAGUUGAGCAGCAAAUGCAGCAGCAAGGGCCAGGGGACAUGGAGGAGCCAGCGCCUAUGGUGCUCUCCCCCAUGACCGAGCUUCCCAAGGUGGAAGUGCAUCUUGUAGAAGAAGAAGAAGCAACAGCAGCAGCAGCAGCAGAUGCUGCAGGGUUUAUUGCAGCAGAGGAGCCCAUGGCAGCAGAUACAGCAGCAGUGGCUGCUAUCAAGGUUUGCUCUGCUGCACCAGGUGUAGCAGCAGCAGCAGCAGUUGGCAUGGCUGUGGACCGCAGCAGCCCUUGCAGCAGCGCCCAAGUGCGCAGUGCAGCAGAAGAAGAAACGCUGAAGGCUGUGGCUUUCCCGCUGCUGCCAGCAGCAGCAGCACCUGCUGCUGAGAGGCUGCUGCUGCUGCUCGGCAGACACUGGAACGAGGGCAUGGAAGCAAGGAGUGUCAUCCGCUUUUGUGUCGGGACUCUUGCCCCCCUCAUCCUGGGCGCCAGACUCGUGCAGGCCCUAGAGAGGACUCUGCGCGCUGCUGCUGCUGCUGUAGGGGCCCCAUUUUUUGCUGCUUGGGCGGAGAGUCUUUCGCAUGCAGCCCGCGCGGUGCCCCCGCUGCUGGUGUCUUUGCUGUCGCCUGCUGCUGCCUGCUGCUCUGCUGCUGCAGCAGAAGCAGCACUGGCCCUGGGGUCUGAUGCUGCCAUACUUAACGCCACUGUGGCCUACUGCCGCGCUGGCGGAGACGCAGCAGCAUUUUGGGGGGCUUUUGGUGCCUCGGAGCAGACCUACAAGGAGCUGCAGCAGACGGAGAGGCAGCUAGUGCAGCAGCUGCAACAGCUGCAACAGCAGCAGCAGCAGCAGGGCCAGCAGCAGCAAGAGCAGCAGCAGCAGCCGCAGCUGUACCUGCCGCUAGAGGUGUUCCCCAAGAACCUUGUGGAAGACGAUUCCCAGACAGUGCAGCAACAAGCUGCAGAUGCAGCAGCAGCGACAGCACCAGCAGCAGCAUCUGCGGCGCGGUGCAGAGAAGCAGAGGCCGACAUGGAUGCGAGCGUGGUCGAGUCCCUGUCCGACCUGCAGCAGCAGCAGCAGCAGCAGCAAGUCGCCGUGCGCGGGAAGCAGCAGCAGCAGAGCGACCGCGUGUCUCUCUCUCGCCGCCUCAAAGCAACAGCAGCAUCUUUGUCUCAUCUGCAGCACCUUUUGUCUUUGCUGGGUUCUCAGCAGCACUUGGCGCUCGAGGCCUGUCUCCUUACUAACUGCAAGCACCGCAGAUUCGGUGCAGCAGCAGCAGCAGCAGCAGACCCCGCUGCUGCUGUUUCCCCGCCACACGCUGCACAGCCCAGCGACAGCAGCAGCAGCAACGACGACGGCCGCAACUUCUGUCUCCCAGAGGAAUUCUCGCAGGCCUUGCCGGUGCCCAGUGUUCCCUUAGAAGUGGCGCUGUACUGCCACCGGCUACACCAGCAGCCGCUGCAGCAGCAGCUGCACCAGCAGCAUCUGCAGCAGCAGCACGACCGCUACGGCGAGCUGCUGCUGCAGCUGCAGGCAAUCGCCACGCACCCUGCCGUGGCGCGCUGCCCGAUGGAAGCUCCCCAUUAUCAUCCCCAGCGGCAGCAGCAGCAGCAGCAGGAAGCUGAAGGCGGCCACGUGUGCGGCUGCUGUCGGCUGCGCUGCAGCUGCUUCGAGCUGCUGCACCAGGUGGGCUGCGUGCGGGGCCUCCUGGCUGCAGCAAGAGACAGCAGCAGCCACAGGGGAGAGGAAGCAGCAUCAGCAGAGCUGCUGCUGCUGGAAGUUGCAGUGGAUGCUCUUUACCACCAGCUGGCUGGCCGCGUGCUGCAGCAAGAAGCUUAUGCAGACACACUGCAGCGCAGAGUCAUGAGCAGCAGCUACCCAGUACCGUUUUCGCCGCUGCAGCAGCGCCAGCUGAAGCUGCUGCUGCAGGAGGAGCAGCAAGCCGCGCUGCAGGAGAAGCAACAGGACCUGCAGCAGCAGCAAAGCACCCACGCAGCGGGCGAGCCCCAGCAAACACCCACGCCUGCGGCAGAACAACAGAACGAGCAGCAGCAGCAGCAGCAACCGCAACAGCAGCAACAGCAGGCUGAGAACUGUGCAGCUCCUGACUCGCCUGCUGGCUCUGUAGCUAGUGCGUCAGGCGGGAGCACUCCAGGUAUAUUUUCGGCUUCUAAGCAGCAGCAGCAGCAGCAGCUGCUGCACGCUCAGCAGGCGCAGCAGUUCGCUGAGAUGCUGCAGCGGAUUCCAGUGCCCCCUUGUCCCCGCGUGCUUUUCCCCUUAGUUGGCCCUCUCCUCUUUACUCUCAAGUGUCAUUAUCCGUGGUUUACAGAGGUUUCGAUUAUCGCAGGAGACUGGGCAGCGCUCGACGCAGAGGCGGUGGAGUGUCUCCGCAGCUGCCGCAGCUGCUGCAGCCGCCGCGUAGGAGCCGCAGGGGCGGCGUCGGCAGCAGCGCAGACGCCAACUGGUGCUGCAGCAGCAGCUGCAGCACCAGCAAAAACUGCAGCAGCACAGGGACUCAAAGGGGCCGCGUGGGAAGAACACGUCGCGCUGCAGCGGCUGCAGCGCAGAGCACUUUUAGACCGCCUUGGCCGUGCUGUUGGCCGUCUUAUUGAUUUGAGCCAAGAGCACUUCAAAGAGAAGUUGCUCUUCUUCCUGCAGGCGGCUAGUGAGAACUCCGCGGUGGCUAGCUGGGUGGCGCUGGGCGUAGUGCAGCAGUCGGUGCUGCACUCUGUGGUGGCAGCGUCUCAUUUGCUGUCUUUUGCUGACGCCGUUUCUCCCGGCUAUCCGCCCGCGCCCUUUUGGCUGGCCCCCACUGAGACCACAGCAGCAGCAGGUUCUUUGCUGCUUCUGCCUUCAUUAGCAGCAGCUGCUGCACUGCCUCCGUCUCCCCAGCCGCUGCUGCUUGCUGCUGUUUGCUGCAACGGAGACGAAGAGAUCCCCCCGUACAUAAGGGCCGUGCUGCUCUGCCCGGCAGCUGCUGCCUUCCUUCCUGCUGCAGCGCAGCACGCGAAGCUUCAGCUGCUGCUGCUGCUGCGGGAGCUCGGCAGGCAGCAGAAGAUUAUCGAGCAGCAGCUGCAGCAGGAUGAGGACCCGUCAGAUGCAGAAGACCCAGCAGCAGCAGCAGCUGCCGCUGCUGCGGCGGCAGCUUCAGGAGGGUCUGAGCUGGAGCCCCCGCACCCGUGUGCGACGUUUGCCGAGUUGAUGCUGGCAGCAGCAGCAGCAACUGCUGCUGCUGCCUACAGAGAACUUGACGCCGAAGGCGGCGACUGCGCCGUCUCGCGCUGCACUCCUGCUUCCUUUGUGCCUGGCAGCAGCUGCAGCCUUUUGGUUCGUUGCAGGACGCAGCGCUGCUUCUUCGCUGUGUGUAGAGACCCUGCAUAUUUCUUGCUGCUGCUGCAGCAGCUGCAGCAGCAGCAGCGGGAGCUGCAGGUGCGCUGCUGGCUUGGCGCCCUCGCGGAAGAGACGGAGGCGGGCCGCACGAUCUGCCCCUCGGUGCAGCAGCUGCUGCUGCUGCUGCCGCUGAAGCAGCGGUACUGUGUGGUGCGGGAGCGGCGGCGGUUCGUGCUGCAGCAGCUGCGGCUGGCUGAGGAGUGGCAGAGCACCCCUUUGCUGCUGACGCGGGACGCGGAGGUCUGCUGCAGCAGCAGCAGCUUCAGCAGCGGCGCUGCUGUGCGGGUCCGCAGCACAGUCACGCAGCCCAGCAAAGCUCAAGACAACGCAGAGCACCUGCCGCUGCUGCUGACAGUCUCUUACCCGACAAUAUCCCCGCUGCAGCUGCCGCAGCUGGCUGGGGAGGAGACGCAGGGAGUGGCGGCAGCAGAAAGCGCUGCAGCAGAGGAGCUCUUGGCGGAAGCAGCAGCAGCAGCAGCAGCAGUUGGGCAGGGCAGCGACGAUGUUUUGCUGCUGGGCCGAGACAUCCCUGAGGAGGCGCCGCUGUCGGGGAGCUCCGUGGCGGCCUCAGCAGCAGCUGCUGCUGCUGCUGCUCCGCUGCGUCUGUGCAAGGCCGCCCGCGGGGACUCCGAGUGCAGCAGCAGCAGCGGGAAAGGCAGCAACAGCCCCGGAGAGGGGCUGCUGCGCGUGUCCUUUGGCAGCAGCGGGCUGGGCCCCAUGCGGAGGGGGGGGGCCCCCGGAAGGGGGCCACCCCCCAAGCCAGUAGUUGUGGAGCACAAACUUUGCACAAGUGCUUUUCAAACUCAAGUGCGGCAAAGGCCUUUAUUUCUUUCUUUGUUUGAAGAUGGAGGAGACGAUCCCGGGAUCGACACGGACGACGCGGAUGAGGAGAGCGAGGGGGAGUUUGAGCGGACGACAGCAGCAGCAGCAGCAGCAGCAGCAGCAGCAGCGCUGGACGCGCCGCCACCGGCCGCAGCCAAAGCCAUUGCAGCAGCCCGCAAGUUCAGCAGCCGCAGACUUGCACGCCGCAGCCGCAGCCUCCUCAACAGCAGCAGCUUGCUGUCGCAGCCCUCAGGAGAGCGGCAGCAGCAAGCUUCUGUGCGGUGGUUUUUGGCCCCUGCAGCAUUUCAGCCGCACCACGUGGGGGCUCGCUGCUUGGGGCUGGCGAUGCUGCAGCACACGCAGCUGCACAGCUGCUUAGCAGCAACAGCAGCAGUUCCUUUCUACGCGCUGGAGCAUUGUCUUUCUUUUCCCCCCAACAGCCAUCUUCGGAAGGCUUUGCAGCGCAUUUGUGCUGCGCUGGACUUGGCCGUGGAGGUGGCCGAGCUGCGGCAGACCAACGCAGCAGCAGCAGCUGCUGCUGCUGCCCGCACGGCAGCAGCAGCCUCCAGGGCCCUCGGCGAGAAGCCCCCAGACGGCGAAGCCGCUGCUGCUGCUGCUGCUGCUGCAGCAGGCGGAGAGGGGCCCCUUCUGCGCGGGUUCCUGCAGCUCGAAAGACUCCUCAGAAGAGCCCGACACAUCAUCCACAUGCUGCAGGCCCCUCCAGAUGUGCUGCAUGACUUGCACAACUUCUGCGAACAGGGGCCCCUCGAGGGGCCCCCCGAUGCUGCUGUCAGCCCUAACACCCGCCUCCGGCUGCUGAUGCUGCAGGACACUCAGAGGCUUUGGCUCGGAGUCCUUUCAGUGUGGGCCACUCUCUUCUCGCCCCCGGUUGUGCUGGCCCUGCAGCGGGCCAAAGUCAAACACUCAACGGUGCGCGUUGCAGUUCUUAUACAGCUGGUAGAGAGCAGCAGCAAUGCCGUCUCCUUCCUCUGCCGCUCCUCCGCGCCUUUGCCUGCCUGUGACUUCGCCACCGGCCGGUCCAGCAGCAGCAACAGCAGCAGCGGCGGCAGCAGUGCAGUGGCCGGAGAGGUGGUAAUGGGCCUGGGGCUUCCCCCCAGAGAAACUCUGCAAGGUGUGCGCGAAGUGCCGGGCCUUCCGGGGCUUUUCUAUCUUCGCUACUGCAGUCCCGAGGCAGAGACGAGUGCCAGCGAGAGUGCUGCUGCAGCAGCUGCUGCGGACUUCACGCCACGAGCAGCAGCAGCAACAGCAAGAGGGGGCGCAGCAACUAGCGUGCACAGCGGAAGAGACAAAGAAGACCGAAUUCACCAUGCGGGCGUUCGAUUCGCCUGCCCCGGAGAUCCUGCUUCGCCGGAGCCAGCGUCCGCCCCAGCAGCAGUAGCAGCAGCAGCAGCAACUUUGCCGUCAUCGACGCCCAGCAGUGCUCAGCGGCAGCGACAGCAGCAGCAGCAGCGGCCUUCCGAGCGCGUCUGCUGCUGUUGCGGCCAGCCUGCUUCGUGCUGCAGCUGCGUCCGAACCCCCUCUGGCUUCCUCGUCUCCCAGCCGCGGGUGCUGCGGGUCAGCAGCAGAAGUGUGGCGCUGCAGACAGGCUCAGCUUUGCUGCUGUCGCCAGACUUUAGUGUCGAGGGUUUAGAGGGUCUCAUGGCUGUUGAUGGAUUAGUUUCAAGGCUGCUGCCACAGCGGCAGCCGCUGCUGCUGCGCCGCGAUCAGCGCCGCAAACAGCAGGGGCUGCUGCAUCUUCAGCAGCAGCAGCUUCUGCAGCUACAGCAGCAACAACAGCAGCAGCCGCAGCAGCAGCACCAAGCGCACCCCCCAAAGCCGCCACAGCAGCAGCAGCAGCAGCAGCAAGGAGUUGUUAGCGGCUCGGGAGUGCAGAGGGUGCGCCUGAGCUUCCGAGACACAAAAUGUCUAUCAGACAGCGCCACAAGGAGAGACUGUCUUCUUGCUGCAGCAAUAGCAGCAAUAGAAGCCGAAGCAGCACUGGGUUACCCCCAGAUUGUGCACGGCAUAUGGCAGCCCCCUGAGGAGUGCUCAGCAGCAGCAGCGGCAGCGCCAAAGGAGCCAGCAGCAGCAGGUGCUGCAGCAACGAAGCUGCUGGCGUGGAAGAGCGAAGGCAAAAUAACCCUUCUUUCUUCUCGGUCUGUUGUGCUGCCUGAAGGCGACAGCUGGGGACAAACAGAAACAGAUGGCGCGGAAGGUUUGCCCUUACCCGAAGAGCUGCUGGCCUCGGUGUCCCCAGCUUUGCCAGAGUAG